CAGAAAAUAAAAAUCAGCUUCGGGGAUUUUUCUGGAAUUAAGCUUAGGAAAUCAGGGGCAAAAACCCAAAGAAGAAAGGAAAACAAAAAUCAGUUUUUUUGCGAUUGAGCUUCUCGUCCAUGGCGUCUCUGUGAUUCAAAGCUUUAAGCCCCGACCAGCUCUGUGCCUCUGUUUCUAUUGUACUAUCUCAAUUCGGUGACAACAAGAUAGGCAAGGUAGAUGGAUUGCAACAAAGAUGAGGCUAUGAGGUCGAAAGAAAUUGCAGAGAAGAAGUUUUUAGCAAAGGAUGUUAUUGGAGCAAAGAAAUUUGCUCACAAGGCACACACUUUAUAUCCUGGACUUGAAGGCAUUGCACAGAUGUUGGCAACACUUGAUGUUUAUGUUUCUGCUGAGAACAGAGUUAAUGGGGAAGUGAACUUUUAUGAAAUUCUUGGUGUUAAUCCACAAGCUGAUGAAGAUGCGAUUAGAAAGCAGUACAGGAAAUUGGCUCUUAUUCUUCAUCCUGAUAAGAACAAAUCUAUAGGUGCUGAAGGAGCCUUUAAACAUCUUUCAGAAGCCUGGAGCUUGCUUUCUGACAAGGACAAAAAAUCAGCAUAUGACCAGAAGCAUGCUAAUGUGUUCCAGAAAAAAGUUCAGUCCUCAAAUGGAGAUCCAUCACAACCGAUGCAGAAUGGCUUUUACAAUUUUGCAAAGAGUACUGCUUCAAGAAAGAAGCCUCCAAAAGGUAAUGCCACUACCACAAACCCUACUUCAUCCAAAAAGCAGGAGCGCAGAACCUUUUGGACUGUUUGCUAUCGGUGUAAGGUGCAGUAUGAAUAUCUCCGGAAGUAUCUCCACCACAACCUUCUCUGUCCAAACUGCCAUGAGGCAUUCUUUGCAGUGGAGAUCACACCUCCAUCUAAUGGAUCAAGAUUGUCUACUGAUAGCGUUAACUAUCAGCAGCAAGAAAAUUUGAAACAUCAUGGGAUAAGUAAGAAGGUGCCUGAUAGUGGAAGAAGUAACUCAGGCACUUCAAAUGCGAAAUCUUCUGGGUUCCAGUGGAGCCCCUUCUCUAAAACUGCUGGUCCUGCAUCUGCUGUUCAAGCCGCAAAUGUGGUUCAGCAGGCAUAUGAGAAAGUGAAACGACAGCGUCAAGAAGCUCAAGCUGCAACAAAAAGAGAAGAUGCAUUACGAAGGAAGAAUUCUUCCUCUAAAAGAGCCCAUGGGAUUUCAUUAACUGGGAACUCCAGUUCUGCAAAGAGAAAAAGAGAGGUGGAUAAUCUUAACACAGGUAGGGAAACAUUGAAGCCAAGCAUGGAAAGUGGUUUAGCCUACAAAACUAGUUUCUCUGGACAAGUUAGGUUGAAAGGUAGGAGUAUACUGGGGGAUAUGAAGGGCAUGCCUCAUCAUGAUGUACAGCACAUGUUGAUGGAGAAGGCCAAGCUACAGAUACAGAAGAAAUGGAAUGAAUGGAGCUCUGCUACCCUAGCCAAAUCUUUGGCUCCAAGUGAGGCGAAUGUGAAUGAGGAGACACAGGAUAUAACCAUGGAGGAUAAGAGUACAGAAGUUCAUGGUAGAGAAGAUAGUGAGCAAGCAACUAAUAGUUCUGAAGUGCCUGGAGAAAAAUACGAUUCUGGUGCUAGUAGUAGCUAUCUAAGUAGGGAGCUUUCUGAUCAUGUGUCAAUAGAUGUUCUAGAUUCUGAUUUUUACAACUUUAACAGAGAUCGAACAGAAAGUUGUUUUGGAGGUAACCAGAUAUGGGCAGCAUAUGAUAACAAUGAUGGUAUGCCUCGAUAUUAUGCCAUGGUUCAUAAUGUGGUUUCAAUAAAUCCCUUUACAGUUCGAAUCAGUUGGCUUAGUUCACUUACCAACAGUGGACUAGGCCCUCAACACUGGUUUGAUUCUGGUUCCUCAAAAACAUGUGGCGGCUUUAAGAAGGGCAGACAAGAAAUUUAUAGCUUUCUCAAUUGCUUCUCUCACAAGGUGAAGUGGUCAAAAGACUCACAUGGGGCUAUUCAAAUAUUUCCUAGGAAGGGGGAUGUUUGGGCUUUGUACAGAAACUGGUCUAGAGAAUGGAAUGAGCUCACUGAUGAUGAUGCAAUACACAAAUAUGAUUUGAUGGAAAUACUUGAUGAUUAUGAUGAAGAGCAUGGGGUAAUUGUCGCCCCGCUUGUGAAAGUUGCUGGCUUCAAAGCAGUUUUUCACCGACAUUUGAGCCCUCGGGAAAUAAGAAUCAUCCCAAGGGAUGAAAUUUAUCGGUUUUCUCAUCAGGUUCCAUCCCACUUGCUUACAGGUCAAGAAGGUCCAAAUGCUCCCAAAGGUUGUAGGGAGUUGGAUCCAGCUGCCAUGCCGUCUGAACUUCUUCAUGUUAUUCCAGAUGCUAAUGAGGUUGAAUGCAUAAUUGACAAGGGAAAGGAAGAAAAUAUAAUUGGUCAUAUAGGGAAGACUACCACCAAGGAGAAAGUAGAGUGUUCCAUUACUUUGGAAGUCACUGAUGAGAUUACAGGGGAAUCCAUGGAUAUCCGGAAUAAGGCUGGGGAAGUAACAUUGGUGAAGACAGUAAACCAGGAAUGUUUGUAAAUAGGACGCAUCUACUUCUGUUGCAAAGGUUUUAAGUGACUGAUAUUAUAGUUUAGUUUCAACUAAAUCUUGAUAUGGUUCUACUUCAGCUUGAAGCUGUUAAAUCACAUGACGCAACAAAGCUACAGCAUAUCUGCAAAGUUGAAGGUAGUCAUGAUUCUUUGAUGGCGAGAUCACAUUGUCGAUGCAAAUAAUGGCAAUGAUUCAAGACGAAGAGGUGCAUACUUCUUUGUGUAACUGUUCAGAGAUGAAAAGAUUUUCAAUGCCCUGGAGCUCAUCAACAUAGAUUGUUGACCAGUGGCUCUCCUUUUCACUUGCUCCAUUAUUACUUGAUUUGCCUUGUGCUUACUAUCCCCUCCCUUGAGUUUUUAUGAAUGGAUCUUCCCCAUACAAUGAUUGUACAGCCAAACAAACAAUAGGACUUGUGUUCUGUUUCUCUCUCUCUCUCUCUCUCAUUGAAUCAGUAUGCAAUAGCACCAUUUCUCACAAUUAAUUUCUGAUA